CGUAUCCGAACGUGAUGGAGAACCAAACUUGUCCCCACUCCCAUACCAAACUUAAUUAGAAUUUGACCCAGAUCUCUUUUCUUUCAUAUGUGACCAUUCAAGCAUGGAGAGCAUCUCCUCCUCAGAGUCCAAGAAACUGGUCGACGGGCCUGCGUCGCAAUCUGCAGGCCCGUCGGCCAUCAACGCUGACACUAAGAAGCAAAAGUUAUGCGUUUGGCAGCAGCAGCAGAUAGCAGGGCUGGUGGCGGAGCCGUUCCGAUGGGUGGCGAUGCUGUGCCGGGAGCUGAACGCGACGUUCGUGGUCGGCGUCGUGCUCGUCUACGGGCUGAGCAACGGGUUCGCGGGGUCGUUCUUUCGCGUCGUGUCGGACUACUACUGGAAGGACGUGCAGAAGGCGCAGCCGUCGGCGGUGCAGUUGUUCAUGGGCCUGUACUACGUUCCCUGGGUCUUGAAGCCCGUCUGGGGCGUCCUCACCGACGUCGUUCCCGUCCGCGGCUAUCGCCGCCGCCCCUAUUUCAUCGUCGCAGGCAUUUUAGGUGUGACAGCCGCGACGAUAGUCUCGUCGGCUGGCGGCCUCCCGGCGGUCGCGGCACUGGUGUGCCUCGUGGGCAUGACGGCGGCGGUCGCGAUCGCCGACGUGACAAUCGACGCGUGCAUCGCGAGGAACAGCAUCGAGAAGCCGUCGCUCGCGCCGGACAUGCAGAGCCUCUCCGGCUUCGUCUCGUCCCUCGGCGCCCUCGUCGGUUACUCCACCAGCGGCAUUUUCGUCCACAAACUCGGGGCCCAGGGAGCAUUGGGGAUUAUGGCAAUACCUGCAUUGCUAUUAAUUUUGCUGGGUUUUGUGAUUUUUGAGCUGAAAACAAAUCAAGUGUCUGAGAAACAUAAGGUGUGGGACAAGAUGGGGGAAGCAAUAAAGGGGAUGGGAAAGACAAUAACUCAUCCUGCAGUGUGGAAACCAUCCUUAUACAUGUAUCUCUCUUUGGCCCUCAGCAUUAGCACGCAUGAGGGGCAGUUCUAUUGGUACACUGAUAAAACUGCAGGUCCAGCAUUUUCUCAAGAAUUCAUCGGAAUAAUCUACGCGAUCGGUGCGAUGGCGUCGAUGAUCGGAGUCCUCAUCUACCACAAGCUUCUCAAGAACUUGCCCUUCAGAAGCCUACUCUUCUAUGCUCAGCUCCUCUACGCCGUCUCGGGCAUGCUCGACCUCAUUUUCGUCCUCCGCUGGAACCGAAAGCUCGGUAUCCCCGACUACCUCUUCGUGAUCUUCGAGGAGUGCACCUCUCGAAUCAUAUCUCGAAUCCGGUGGAUGCCGAUGAUCGUUCUGAGCACGAAACUGUGCCCUCUGGGGAUCGAGGGCACGUUCUUCGCGCUGCUGAUGUGCAUCGAUAGCCUUGGCGCUCUGUCGUCGAAGACGGGGGGCGGAAUUGUUCUGCAUGCAUUGCAUGUGACGCGAACCGAUUUUCGGAACUUAUGGCUGGUGGUGUUCAUAAGGAACUUGCUGAGGCUUUCUACUCUGUGCCUGAUCUUCCUUGUGCCUAAGGUUGAUCAAACUGAUGUUUUGCUUCCACCUGAUAUUCUAGAAUCUUCUAGAAGCUUCCAGAAGGAGGAAGAGGAGAGUUUGGAGCUUGCAAAGUUUAGUGAGAGGGAGGAAGUGUAAGAAGAGAAAAAAAAAAAAAAAAAAAAAAUCAAUCUUUUGGUGCCUUGUAUGAUGAUUCUUUGAUCACAAUCUUCAAAUAAUUAAGAAGCAAUAUAUAUGGGGAUAAAUGUUUACUUAGAUAUCUA